AAUAAGUCCAUCCAGGAAAUUUCCUUGCUACUAAAUAUUCCACAAUCAACUGUUAGUGGUAUUAUAACAAAGUGGAAGCAACUGGGAACAGAAACUCAGCCACGAAGUGGUAGGCCACGUAAAAUGACAGAGCAGGGUCAAUGCAUGCUGAAGCGCACAGUGCGCAGAAGUUGCCAACUAUCUGCAGAGUCAAUAGCUAAAGAUCUCCAACCCUCGUUUGGCCUUCAGAUUAGCUCAUGGAAUGGGUUUCCAUGGCCAAGCAGCUACAUUCAAGCCUUACAUCACCAAGUGCAAUGCAAACCGUCGGAUGCAGUGGUGUAAAGCACACUGCCACUGGACUCUAG